AUGGCAUCCAACGCAUAUUGGAGCCGUGCCAGCAUCAAUUCUGCCUGUUCUAACUAUGGUUUACUUUCAUUAAAGAGAAAACUGGCCAUGCACCUUUCAUCUUCUUCCUAUCGGUCCAUGGGCAAAAGUAUAGCGUCAAUUGGGACAGCUCGGGGCUCUCAUGUAUCAAAUGCCUCUUCAUGUCAGCCAGCCAAUACUCGCAGCUUCUCUUCUCCCACACAAGCCCGAGAAAAGCGACAAAACUUUGAUCGGGACGUCAUUGUGUCUGUCCUAGAGUCCACAGCCACAAGGCGGGACGCCAAAGGUUAUCUCCAAAAAUAUGCAGCACCAAAGCCUCCUUCUCCAGUACCAGCAUUAUCGACGCAAGUUGAGCAUCAACAUGAGCCACCCGCCAGGAAACUCCAAGCUCAGCCGCCGUUCAAUGUCGCCAUUGUUGUCUUACGGAAUCCUCAAAAGCUACAAUCGGACACCAUCGAGGGAAUAGCCAAGACGCUUACACAGCUUCGGGCUCUUGGUCUGAUGAGCGUUGUUGUUGUGGAUUGCGGCACGGACGAGAACCGUACCACUUUUCAACAUGAAGCUUUGAGGCUUUGCGAAGCUGUUGAUUCCUUUGGCAAACAUGGCUCCAGACUGAUCGAAAACUUACUUGUCGGUACUUCUCACUUUCAAAGUGCCACCCCUUCUCCGUUUUGGGAUGAUAUACAGGUCCAAGACUAUGGUAUCCUAAACCGCGCGCUUCAACAUCAUAUGAUAGCAGUCAUUCCGUCUCUUGCGCGAAACAAUGAGAUCAUGUCCCCCGUGCCUGCUGAUGUUCAGAGAACUGCCCUUGCGUUAACGAGAUACUUUACGGGACUGCAGUUCGAGGAAGAUUCAAGUAACAGCCAAGAUGGAAGUUUUCGGGGAGCUCGGGAGCCCCUUGCUUCCGUCGAAAGGGUCAUUAUCCUCGAUCAGUUCGGAGGAAUUCCCAUGACUAGUCGUCCCAACGUCUACCACAGAUUCAUCAAUCUUGAACAAGAAUACAACACUCUCUUGGAUCAACUCGAAGGCGGCGGUGAUGGCUUAUCGAAAGCAGCACAAGGCAGACGAAAUGAUGGAUCUUCUACUACCCACGCCAGAAAUCUCAAGUUAGCAAAGGAUACACUAUCACUCUUACCUGAGACAGCUUCCGUCCUUAUAACUAGCCCAUUGGCUGCGUCCAAUACGUCGUCGGCAUCUUCGGGACUUCCUCCUACACGAGACAGCAAAUACCAGUUUGGUUUUGACGGCAUGGUCACCACUCGCAGAAGACAAAACCCUCUCCUCCAUAAUCUCCUUACCGAUAAACCCGUAUACUCUCCCUCGUUGCCAUUUCAACGCAUCCAAUCGCCCGAACUAGCAUUCUCAAAUACAGGAGAGUCAAUCAGUGCAACGCUUGUCAAGCGAGGUAUGCCGUUGACCAUCUACCCCGAUCCAAGAACCUCUCCAUGGAAACCAGCAGCGCCUGGAGAGCGCGGGCCGCAGCUCACUGACAAGUCCAUUGAUUUGGCCCGGCUUGUUACUCUAAUUGAGGAUUCUUUUGGCCGCAAGCUGGACGUCGAGGACUACUUGCGACGAACAAAUGAGAACUUGGCAGGAGUGAUCAUCGCGGGAGAAUACGAAGGAUGUGCCAUCCUGACCUGGGAGAGGCCAAAAAGCAUUGAUACUCAAACAGCCUAUGAUGAGGGACGUUACGUUCCGUAUCUCGACAAGUUUGCCGUUCUUCGGAGCCGUCAAGGCAGUGGCGGAGUUGCCGACAUUGUGUUCAACGCCAUGGUCCGCGAUUGUUUCCCUGAUGGCGUGGUUUGGAGGAGCAGGAAAGACAAUCCCGUCAAUAAGUGGUAUUUUGAGCGAUCGGUGGGAACCAGUAAGCUGUCCGACUGCAACUGGGCCAUGUUUUGGACAACACUGGAGUUGAGCAAUACAAGUCAUAAACUCGAAGACUAUGAGGAAGUAUGUAGAGAAAUUAUGCCAUCUUGGGCAGACAACAUUCAGAGGCUAGAAUAG